CUGACCACGUGGGGGCGCUGUCCGUGCUUAUCUCGAGCUCCACAUCCUGUGCAGCAGCUCCGUUGCUACGUCACCACAUUUCGCCUAAUGUGAUGGAACAUUGUGGAAAAGCGUGAAGGUUGGUGUCCGGAACGCUGCCAGAGGCAUACGCAAAAUGAGGGAAGCCGCUAUCCUGAUCGCGUCGUGUGUGGUGGUGUUUCUCCUCCUGAGCUUCAGCCAGGCUGCCAGGCAAGGACAAGACGUAAGAUGUGGAGCCUGCAGGGCGCUGGUUGACGAGAUGGAGUGGGCUAUCUCCCAGGUAGAUCCCAAGAAAAUGAUCCAGACAGGGUCCUUUAGGAUCAAUCCAGACGGCAGUCAGUCCAUCAGAGAGGUUCCUCUGGCUCGCUCGGAGGGAAACCUCCUCGAGCUGAUGGAGAGUGUUUGUGAGCGGAUGGCAGACUACGGCGAGCGCACAGAUCCUUCCACAGACAGGAAGUCUUACAUCAGGGUCAAGUCUCGGACUGGUGAAGCCAUGGACCUUUCAGAGGCCUCACUGGACUCAAGAGUUACAUCCAGUUUGAAAUUUGCAUGUGAGACAAUUGUUGAACAUCAUGAAGAUGAAAUCAUUGAAUUCUUCGCUCAUGAAACCGAUAAUGUCAAAGACAAACUCUGCAGCAAGAGAACAGACCUCUGUGACCACGCUCUAAACAUUCCCCACGAUGAGCUUUGAUAUCCUCUCACCUGCAGAAAUGGAGACGUUUGGUGCUGUAAUAUUGUCAGUUUUCACUCCUCAGCUAUUUAUGACAGGGUGGUGGUGCAAGAUUCACACAAAUCCUUAAGUAAAAUAUAUUUAAACAUGAAAGUCCAUCCAGAAUUGAAAAGAAUUUACCAUUUUUUGUCACUCUUUGUUUACCUGCUUAUGUACUGUAAGUUACAAUCUUCUGUCUGUAAUGUAAAGUCUCAUGUCAUCACUUCAAAUGCUCCUUAUUGGAUUAAAUUGAAGCUGUAAAACUGCAAAGUCAAGUAAAACUUGACUGUAGAUCCAAGAUUUCUGGCAAACAAUCAGGUUAAAUACAGAUAUGAGGUCAUACUUCUUUUUUUUUUUAUGAAAAACUCUCUUAAAAAAUUGUGUGUUUUCAUAAGUCAAUUAGUCUUAAUGAAUGGACACCAGUACCAUCUGCACACCACUGAAAGUGUUAUUUGAUGUCACAUUAUGCUUUUAGCUGUAGCUUUAGGAGAUUUAUAAUGCUGCCUGGUAUUUAUUGUCCAAAAUCACAGGAUUAACUGGUGCAAAUUUAGUUCUCAUUUCUAUGUGUGGAUAUUCCUUCAAGUAAAGCUGAAAUCUACAUUUUAAAUGAGAAAUAUGGAUCAUUUUAAGUGGAAUUAGUUUCACACCAGUGAAAACGCUAGUGUGCCUUAAUCAGAUGCUUCAGAUAAUGUUUUUCUUCUGAAGGGCAGAUCUCCCUUUGACAAGAGCUGAGAGGAAAGUGUUUAUAUGUUAAUUGGACACUAGAAAACUGCAAGAUUUUAUAGAUGUAUUUGCGCUGUUUUACAGUAAGUCAUUUAGAUCCACACCAAAAUUUAAUGAGUUCUUUUGGACACGUUUUCCUUCUAGUGUUCUUCUCGAUUACAGACAGGCAGCACAAAGUCCUCAUAAAUAUGCUUAAAGAUUAAAUUUUUCUUGUCAACGGCUUAAAUAAAUCGAUCAGUUGUAGCUUCAUGAACAGAGAAGUUUAUAAAUGAGGCUCAGCCAUACAGAUUUUCACACACACGUAAAAAUUUGCUUAGUUGUUGCUGCUUUUUGAUUAAAAAUGACCAAAAUCUUUGUGUUAUGAUAUUUACAAAGUUGGUUUAAAUAUGAACUUGGAGAUUUUUGUGAAGUUUAGUUUACCUGGCAGUAAAACAGAAGUGAACUCUUGUGUAACCCCACUAGAGUGUGCUGUAAACAACAGGAAGCCUUGUAAUGUACCCAGGCGGCAUGAUGACCCUUAAUGUAGAAAAAUCAGGAAGUAUUUCUGCUGUCAUUUAUGUGAAGAAUAUUACAGUAAUGUCAUAAUGUGAGUAUAUUCCUGAAAUGUCCUAUUUUGUAUAAAUUUUGUACGAUUUCAGAUUCCGUUUUGUCUUCAGAUUAUAUUUGUACAACAUCAA